AUGGCUCCUAGACACAGCUAUAAGGCCCGGCGACGAUCCGUCAAAGGCAACCAUGCAAAGAGUGCUCCGAAGAACGAAGACUUGCUGAUUUCUCACCCACGACAUCUACAAUCAUCCAUUACAGCUACCGUCCAAGACCCCCUACCAUCUCCACAGGCGUUGAUCCCCCGUCCAGUGACCAGAGCCCAGACGAGGAAACUCAUUGCUGAAGCCAAAAGCCCGCAGGAGCCACUACGACGAGAUUCAUCAUCCCCAACCAUACCUGCUAGAGCUUCAGGAGAGCACAUUGACAGCUCACACAUUCGGAAAGACCUGGAGCCAAACUAUCCUCCAGACGGCCACUCCAACAAGCAGCUUCGACAAUACGUACCGGGACUCAAACUCUCCAGAGAGAACUUGAAGAAGCUCCAAAGGCAACUUCAUAGUGCGUCUUCUGAGAUGAGCCCAGUCCCCGCAACUAGAGGUGGCAAGCGAGGUGGAAAGCGUGGCGCAAGGUUGACAAGAGCUACGUUGACCCAGUCAGAGCUGCCUCGAGAUUCUGCGACUGAGACCACCACAUCGAUAUCACCUGCUCGUUAUCGCCAAGAAACCCUCGCCAAUGUCAAGAUUUUUGUGAAGAAUAUGGUACCCCCGCAAGAUAUCCGAUCCCAGGUGGACGCCAUCUUCAAUCGUGGGAUAUCCAAAGAGAGGAGGAAUGAAAUCUCCAAGAUAGCGAAGCGCAUGUCCAAGCACUUUGAAGCUGUCGCUACAAGUAACCGUCGAGAAGAUGACUAUAUCGAGGUGGUGGUUUCAGCUCUAAUGGCACUGGACGAGGAGAUUGUGUUUGAUUUUGUGAGAAAGGCUGAUUUAAACUCGAGCCUCAUUCCCAAACUUCCGCAAUUAUCAUCAAACAACGAAGCUGAUCACAUUAGCGACAGGCCUACAGAGCGGCAACGGGCAAACACAGACACCAAAGAACCUUCGGACGCAUCACAGUCUGAUGUCCUUACAUCCGAGAGUGAACCGUACAGUGGUGUUAAGACGCCUCGUCCUGACUGCACCAUUGGUUUCAAAGUCUCCACGAUAUCUGACGUGCUGUCAAACCAUGGCAUAUGCACGUCGCAGGUGGAGACGCUGUUGACGACCUUGCAAUGCGAACAUAUCCUUUACUCAGAUCCGACUGCAAACUUUACAUUUGUUCGAUUUCCCACCCUGGUGGUUGAAGGAAAGGCAUAUGGGACUGGAAAGACCAUGUACGAAGCCGAGAAUCAAGCCGCGGUCGCCGCAAGUUGCAUGAUCAACCUCUUUCGACAGCUCGAUGACGUCCACGAUCGAUACGCGCCCGACUCCCCAUGCGGGAGAAAGACCCCCGUCGUCUUUUCCAUAGCUAUAUGGGGACCGAUGAUCAAUCUUUGGGUUCAUUAUCCCUUAGUAGAGAAGAACAUCACCUCCUAUCGAAUGAGCGUCUUGAAGACGUACAACGCAUCCGUGCCCGGUGACCUGGAAAUCUUUCUUUCGAUGGCCGAGCAGUUCAUGAGCUGGAGUCAGGAGGACAUUUUGACGGGAAUAACGGGUCAGUUGCUUGCGAUAGCAGAGCGUGCACCAUUCAUGUAG